AUGGAAACUAAAAAAGUUAAAUUAGGGGAAUAUGACAUAAUGAAUACUUUGGGAACAGGUUCAUUUGGUAGGGUGAGGUUGGCUAAGCAAAAAUCAAAUAACAAAUAUGUGGCUUUGAAGAUGCUGAAGAAAAUAGAAAUUUUAAGACUCAAAUAGGUUGAUCAUAUUAUUAGUGAGUUUAAUAUUUUGAAAUAGAUCAAGCAUCCUUUUUUGAUUGAAAUGAGCGGAUACACUUAAGAUGAACGAUACUUAUAUUUUGUUUUAGAAUAUAUAUAAGGAGGUGAACUAUUUACAUAUUUAAGAAAUGCUGGGACGGUUCAAAAUGAAGAAGCAUAGUUCUACUCUGCUUAGGUUGUUCUAAUGUUUGAGUAUCUUCACACAAAAAACAUAGUGUAUAGAGACUUGAAACCUGAGAAUUUGUUGGUCUAGUCAGAUGGCUAUUUAAAGUUGACAGACUUUGGUUUUGCUAAAGUAGUUGAGGACAGAACUUACACAUUAUGCGGAACACCAGAAUACUUAGCCCCAGAAAUCUUAUUAAACAAGGGACAUAGUAAACCAGUUGAUUGGUGGUGUUUGGGAAUCUUCAUCUAUGAGAUGCUUGCAGGAAUUGACCCAUUUAACGAUGAAGAUCCAAUGGCUAUCUAUUAGAAAAUAUUGAAGGGCAAAGUCAAGUUCCCACGUAAUUUUGAUAAUGAGGCAAAAAGCUUAGUUAAACAUUUAUUAGAAUAGGAUGUCACUAAACGAUUUGGGAAUCUUAAAAAUGGAGUAGAUGACAUAAAAUCACACAAGUGGUAUGAAACAUUUAAUUGGAAAGAUAUUAUCAAUAAAAAAAUAAAGCCUUAAUAUACACCUGUUAUUCAAUCAGAUUAUGAUACUUCCAAUUUUGCUACUUAUCCAGACAGUACUGAAUUACCUGAUCCUGUAAAACCAUAAGAUGAUCCAUUCAAAGAUUGGUGAAUCAAUAAAUGUUAAAACAUUAUUUAUUAAUAAGUUC